AUGAAGAAACGCUUUGUGGACGCGAGCAGGCUGCGGAAGAUGAAGAAGCUGAAGAUCACGGAGCGUCUGUCUGAGAGUGCGUACACCUUCCUGAAGUUUAUGGUGAUGUGGACUGUGGUGCUGCUGGCGGAUUUCAUCCUUGAAUUCAGACUGGAGUACCUGUGGCCAUGCUGGCUCUUCUUCGGCAGCGUAUACACCACGUUCCACUGCCACGGCCUGGUUAUCUGUGUUGUCUUCGUCUGCGCUGCCUUCACUCUCGACAUCUUUUGUUUGAUUUUUGUUCCUUUGCACUGGCUGUUCUUUGUGGCCAGCACCUACGUGUUAUUCAAUUACAUAUGGCACACAGAGAAGGGCAUCUGCAUAUCCACGGUGUCCCUGUGGAUUAUACUUGUGUACACAGAGGCUUCUCUCCGACUCAAGGACCUGAAAACCUCUCACGCCAACCUGUCUCAUCUUUUCGCUGCACACUGGCUGGAGCAGGAGCUGAGGAAGCUGAGGGGGGAGCUGCAGGCGAGCAGGCAGAGCGAGCAGGAGCUGAGGAGUCACAUGUGCAACCUGACCAACAGCGAGAGGAGCCUGAGACCUGAGGUGUCUCUGCUCCGACAGUCCAACAUCCUGCUGCAGAGCAAGAUUCUGUGUCUGAAUAAAACCAAGCAGCGGGACAAACAGAGCGGCGUGAUGCUGGAGAAGAAGACCAGAGCGGAGACGGACGCCCGACUCUUUGCUGAGAAGCAGUUGGCUGAACUUCAGGCUCAGAAACUGGAGGAGGCCGCCAGUUCAGCCCGGAGCCUCACAAACAGGUAACACUGUGAAACCCAAAUGUUAAGGAAAAGGGUAAAAGAUCUAGAGACAGAGUACAAACAACUACAGCUGGAGUAUCAAGUGAAAGAGAAUCGGGUGGUAGAUCUAGAGAGUGAUGUUGAGGCGUUGGGAAAGUACCGCUGUGUGGAGAAAGAGACGGACAUGCUGCUGUCCACGCUGUCGGCCAUGCAGGAGAAAGCUCAGCAUCUGGAGUACAACCUGAGCGCAGAGACUCGCAUCAAACUGGACCUGUUCUCCGCACUGGGAGACGCCCGCAGACAGCUGGAGAUCGCUCAAGAUAAAGUGAUGAAGCAGGAUCGGGAGAUAAGCGAGAUGAAGCAGAAGAUCGCGGAGGUGAUGGCCGUCAGCCCCGGUGUCUCCUACAUGUCUCCCCGGCCUCAGGUGCCACAGUAUCUCACCAAGCUGCUCAACUCCGAGCGCUACAUGCUGAACCCACGAGCGCUGAUGUACCAGUGUCUGAAGAAAUGA